AUGCUGGGCAGCGUUUUCGGCUGGUUCUUCUACCUUUUCGAUCCUCUAGCCAACCUAGCGAUCCCCCCGAUUCAACCACAGGCGCGCCUGCGACCGGAGAACAAUGUCCCCGUCGCCGCGGAGGGACCAUGGGAGGACAUCAUCACCGGCCACUACGGGGUGCCACCGUUAAUCAGGAUUCACGACCGCGACGGGAUCGUCAAGUGGAAGUUCGAGCGUGACGACGUGCAGCAGGACCUGCCCAAAGAGAUCCGCAAUUGCCUGUACAGCAGCGCCAACGACGCGACGGAGCUCAAGUGGAUGCGCAACGGCACGGCCGUCGCCGCCAUCUACUCGUCCCUCGCCCUCAUCAUCAACCACACGCCCGACAACCCGGAAACCGAUAAGCUCAUCACCUGGGCGAUCUGCCGCGACAACGAGGUUCUCUGGAAUGCGCACACCCUCGAGCCCUUGCCCGGCGACCGCAUGGCCGUCGGCACCACCGGCCAGCGCCCCUGGGACGGUGUGCUCGUGUACAACACGAGUGAGGCCCUUCCCCUCGACCCCAGCCCGCCCAUCCUCCAGAACGUCACCGGAUUGCGCGCCAUCCACGGCCUGAUCUGGGACGAGGCCGGCAGCAUGCUCUGGGCCGCCGGCACGGACUUGGCGGCCGAUGGAUCCGACCCCGAACCCGCGCGCGGCACCAUCCACGCCUACCCCUUCGACGAGGCCACGGGGCUCCUCCACGCCGACGAUGCCUACGUCUACCGCCUCGACGAGCCCGUCCGGCAGGACGUCGAGUGGGGUGUGGGCUUUACCUGGUGGGUCGGCCUCCAUGACCUGGUCCCCGUCCCCAACCAGCGCAAGUUCCUCGUUUCCGAGGAUUCAAGUCUGCACGCCUUCGACAUCACGACUGGCCGUUUCACCGAACAUCACGGCGCGGUUGUCGACAAGUACAUGCCAGGCUUCCGCGUCACCACCAACGAUCGCCACGGCGUGGACGGUGACGGGGUCCUCCAGGAGCAGCCCCUGGGCGACCUGAAGAGCUUCAGUCUCGCCCCCGACGGCAGCUUCAUCUACGUGCAGUCCCUCUGGCAAAAAUACCGCGGCAACCACACCAGCCUCGUCGAGAACGGCGUCUACCGCGCGAUCAACGAGGGCCUCGAAAUUUACCGGUCGCGGUGGUUUGGCGACAUUGACGGCUGGCCCAAACCGCGCUAG